CAAAGAUAAAACUAGUGAAUAUAUAAAGCUAUGAACAGAAAAAGAAAAAGUACUAUUAUGGAAAAGAAAAGUUAAAUAGAGAUCCCAUUUUCCUUUUCUUUGCUUUGCUUUCCAUCUAAGCCUAUGACCCCUUUCUCAAGUUUUCUAUUCCCUUCAUAUAAACUUGUCUUCUUGCAAGUUUUUUGUGCCUUCUAAUCAUUGUUUUGACAUGAAACUUUUUCUUACACUAAUUUUCAUUACAUAGUGUAAUAUAUAUGUCUUGUGUAUAUUUACUUUAUUUUUAAGAGCUUCUUUCAACUUCCUCAAAAAAGAAAAUUCAUUUCCUUUAGUAGGAAAACACAAACACAUGAUUCUAAGAUUGUUCAUGGAUUAGUAUUUAUAGCAAGGUUUCUACAAAGAGUUAAAAACUGCUAUCUAGAUCGCGACAUCAAUUUUUUUUUAUGUCUGCACCGUUUGGCGACUAACUCCCAACAUGUGUAUUUAACUGCGAUUCUCUGCAAUAUCAAGAAUCACAACGCGACUUCGAUUUAAAACCUUCUAGUAUCUCCAUGGCUCGUCCCGAUUAUCCGACAACAUGGAUUCCUUACAUAAAUAGCAAAGAUUGUUCUCAAGGAUUUUGUAGCAUGUAUUGUCCACAAUGGUGCUACAUAGUUUAUGCUCCUCCACCACCACCAACUUUUCAAUACCCUGAUGAUGAUUCAAAACCAUAUUUUUCUCCUCUUGUUAUUGCAAUCAUGGGAAUUUUAGCCACAGCUUUCUUACUAAUCACUUACUACACUCUAAUAACCAAAUACUGUGGUCAUAGAGAAUCUUCACAAAGAAACAGCACUGACCAAGUUGAUGAAAUCCAACAAAAUCGCCGCGAAAAUUGUCAAGUUUCAACCUUUGGUUUAGAUGAUGCUCAAAUAAAAUCCAUUGCAGUUUUUAAGUACAAAAAAGGCGACACUUUUUUCGCUGGUACUGUCACUGAUUGUUCUGUUUGUUUAAGUGAAUUUCAAGAUGAUGAAAGUGUUAGACUUUUACCAAUGUGUAACCAUGUUUUUCAUCUUCCUUGUAUCGAUACGUGGCUUAAAUCCAACUCUUCGUGUCCUCUAUGUCGUUCGAACAUACUCACUUUGAAUGCUUCAACACUUCAAGCUCCAAUUCCAGCUACAGUUAUAGAACUUCCUUCAAGAAAUGAAAUUUUAUUAGAAAGUGAACAAAUACUUGUGGAAGAAGCAACGAUUCAUCAUGAUAGAGUUGAUUCGAAGAUACCUUCAUUACGCGCUUAUAGUGAUUUAUGUAAUUUACAAGGAAGAGAAAGAAUAAUUGAAAUUAGAGAUGAAGUUUGUGAAUCCAUUGGAAGAUCAGUUUCUAUGGAUCAUUCAUUUCAAAAUGGUUUUUCAAUAAGUGAUGUGUUGAAUAUGAAUGAAGAUGAAGAUUCUGAUGAAGAAGGUUGUUCAAUGGAUGCUUGUUCAUCAAAGAGAUUACAAGGACAAAGUAGUAAUUAUAAGUCAAGGUACAAAAAAAGGAUGUUGCAUUGUGUUAUGAGUCCAAUUGCAAUGAAGAGAUCAUUUUCUAAUGGUAGAUUUUCACUUAGUAAAAUUGAUAGAGGAAAAAGGCAGGGAAUUUUGCCUGUUUGAGAUUUUUUUUUGUUUAUUUUUAUGCUUUGAUCAUAUGAUUAAGAUGAGAUAGACCCAUUUUUUGUGUUAAGAAUUAAGAUGGUAUAAGUGUCAUGUUACUAAUUUAUUUUUUGUAUUAUUCUUCAAAAAAAAAUUAUUUUUAUGAUUAAGGAUUCGUUUGAUCCGUAAA